AUGGCCGGCCGGGUGCCGGAAGGCAGCACUCACCGGUUCCGUCGCCGGCACAACGCGGAUGGUGCCAUGGAGUACUGGCUGGAGCCGGCCGAACUUGCUGAGGUACGGCGAGAGGCCGGUGUUUCUGAUCCAUACUGGAUGCCGCCGCCGGGAUGGAAGCCAGGUGAUGACGUGUCCCCCGUUGCCGGCGACCUACUGGUUAAGAGGCAGGUCCAGGAGCUCGCCGAGGAGGUCAAAUGCGUAAAAAGGCACAUGGAGCAGUUACUGGACAAGGAUGGGAACUUCGAUGCAGAGAGAGCUUACAGUUCAUUGAAGGAGAAGUACAAGAGUGUUGUCAAGGUUAACGAAAAUCUUGAGAAGCAGGUGUUCUCUUUGAAGGACAUGUACGAGAAUGUGGUUCAGAUGAAUGGUGAGCUGAUGAAGGAGGUGUUAUCCAUCAAGGACAAGUACCAGUAUAUUGUUGAUAAGAAUGACAAGCUAGGGGAGCAGAUUACAUCUCUCUCCAGCUCCUUCCUUUCUUUCAAGGAUCAGCUGCCACUGCCGCUGAAUAUGGAAAGAGCUCAUCAGGUGGAAGUGGCUCCCAGUGACGGCAAUCGAGAAGCUUUUCCUGGCACAGCAAUGUACAUGGCUUGUGGUGACCAGAUUAGCCAGCAGGCAGAUGGCGCCGUCGUCCAAGGCGGUCCGGAGUCUUCGGAAAGGACGGCGAGGAAGAGCAGCUUCCGAAUCUGCAAGCCACAGGGCACGUUCCUGUGGCCAAGCAUGGCUUCCGGCAUGACCAUCAGCGGCGGAGACAGCAGCAGCUGCCCGACAGCCGCUGGGCCAGGGUCCGGGCUCCCUCGCAGCACCAGUUGCCCCAGUAGUGCUGGGCCAGGGCUCCCGCGGUCGUCGCGAGCCCCGUUUGAGGCAGCGGCCGCGUCGUCCGGCCUGGAUGAGCGCGUGAUGCUUGGCGCCCUCUCCACACCGCCCUCGGCGUCGUCCACCAACACCGCCGCAGCCAAGCUGCAGCUGCCCCUGCCCAGCCCGAGGUCGCUCCUCCAGCCACAACAGCUGUUUGCUACUACUGCUGCCGGGUUUAGCACCCUCCCGGUGAUGCAGCCUUUCUCCGGCAUGACUCUACGCCAUGUGGACUCCUCGUCCGCGCACUGCGGUGCCAGCCUGCUGGAGGGGAAGAGGGCCAUGUUCGAUGCAGACGCUAGCGGGAUCAGUGUGGUGGGCACUGAACUGGCCCUGGCUACUCCCUCCUCCUGCUGA